AUGGGUGUCGUUGAUGCCACCUCGGCGAAUGAAGUAAGGGAUAUCAUUCCGAAAGACUACUGCUGGAAAUUCUUCGCUCAUCUCUCACUCCAAGCGAACUUAACAACAGAAGCCGAUCUCCAGGAUAUGCUCCUCAGACACGCUCCAACUCUCCGCUCCCUAGAGCUGAGAGAUGUCUUUCUCCACGCCGAGUCACCAUCAUCCUGGAUAUCAAUCUUCCAAUUCCUGCGCCGAAAUAUGGAUCUCAAAACCGUCAUGUUCAGCGACUCGCUAUAUAAUGGUAGAUAUGAGGACUGGCGAAUAUCAGAUCACCACAAGGACGACGACCAAUCGGUAUUCCCUAAGUCGUGCAUCGGGUCACAGGUUGAGCAGAACGUUACCAAUCAGAUCACGAUCUUUCCAUUCUCGCUUUUCCCUGGUGGUACGGGUACAGGUGCGAGUGUGACAUUCGGGUUGGAAGGGCAGAGAAGAAGUUGGGCUGAUACGGAUGAAAGUUGGAUGACUGUAAUUAGACAUUGA